AUGAAGGAACCAAAUCCACCCGAAACACUUCAAAGUCUCCUCAAAUAUGAAUAUGAGCACAGGCCUGGUCAGGCACAAAGGUUUCUUGCUCGCAUGGGAAAGAAUUUCAGAUGGCUCUCCUCCAUGCCAGAAUAUCUCAGAAGACAUUCCUUCAGAAUAAUCGCUGACGUUGAGUUCGAAUUUGAUGACGAAGUCGGGUUUAACUUCAUAUUUUUCUACAACGCACUCGAUAAAGGUGAAUUUACGGGACAUGAAAACGAGUGGGUGACGGUACACAACCAGAAGGUAGUAGAAUAUGGAAAGGAGUAUAGCGAUGAUCAAUUGGACUACGUUCUCGAAACUAUGCCUGGUGCCAUCCAACACCCGGUUGAUCAGACACAUCUGCCACUACGUAGUAAGCCGGCGAAGAUGGUGAUUUCUCAGCGCGCUAAUAGUGGAGAUGAUUACAAGGUCAGGAUUCGCAUCAGAAGACCCAAUGAAAAUAAUUUGAUUGCUAUUUUUUCGUAUGAUUUUUAUGAUACCAUGAAUAACAACAAAAAAUAUACAUGCGUGGUCGAUACAGGGGCUCCGGAAUCCAUCUUGCCAUUUCAUCUAACAACUGCUAAUAAUUCGGCACUACGUGCCUCAUCAUCAGAUGCUUUGCUAACAACCGCUAACAAUUCGGCACUAUGUGCCUCAUCAUCGGAUCCUUUGGUGUAUUACCAAAUAACUGCUAAGAAUGAGGCACGUAGUGCCGAAUUCUUAAUCAGAAUUAACCAGAAAGCUAAGGCACUACGUGCCAUGUUCGGGCAUAGCCCUCACAUCGGGCUCACAAAUGACGACACAUGA